UACAUUGCAAGCCUUUCCUGUGAGCACAGACAUCAUGGUGUUAGAAAGCAUAGCUCGGGUCAUCAAAGUGCAGCUCCCAGCUUACCUGAAGAAGUUGCCAGUCCCAGACAGCAUUGCUGGCUUCACCAGGCUGACAGUUUCAGAAUGGUUGCGGUUAUUGCCCUUCCUUGGUGUUAUGGCACUGCUUGGAUACCUUGCUGUUCGACCGUUCUUAGCAAAAAAGAAACAACAAAAAGACAGCCUAAUAAACCUUAAAAUUCAAAAAGAGAACCCCAAAGUAGUGAACGAGAUCAAUAUAGAGGACCUGCACCUUGCUAAAGCUGCAUACUGCCGAUGUUGGCGCUCAAAGACCUUUCCCGUUUGUGACGGCUCUCAUAAUAAGCACAACGAGGUAGUAGGAGACAACGUGGGGCCUCUUAUUCUCAAGAAGAAAGAAGUGUAGUUCAUCUCAUGCCAAGUCUUUGAUCCAGGAACCUGAACCUGUGUCCCUGCCCACUCUGUGAAAUGAGCCUUAAAGAACGUACUCCCUGACCCCAACACAUUUGAGGCUAGUUCAGCUAAUGUGGUGCAUAUUGUCAAGGUUUGGAUGUUAAUUGUGAAAUAGAGCGUAAUGUAACAUGGUACUAAAACUCCAGUAAAACUGUAUGUCUGUGCCUUGUUUAGAGGUGCUUGACCCAUCUCUAUAUAAAUACCAGUGUCCCAGGCCUCAUUGUUUUUGCAUAUUUAAAAUCUGGUGUGUGUGUAUGUAUAUAUAUAUAUAUGUGUGUGUGUGUAUAUAUAUAUAUAUAUUCCCUCAUUUCUUUUGCUAGGCUCUUAGACCACUUUUCAUUUGUGAAUACUUAUAACAGGGGUAGGCAACAUUUUUGAUACUGUUGUGCUGAAGUCAGGUUUUGAAGUCACUUAAGGUGCAACCCUAUUUUUUUAAAUACAUUUUUCUUUUAAUAAUUUGGAAUGGUAACGUUUAUGUUGAGAUUUCUGAAUGUGUACUGUAUCGGUAUGGCAUCUACUUUUGUGAGGUUUUAUGUGUAUAUAUGUGGGCUAUGCGUGGUGGCCUGUGUGUAUUAUGUAUGUUUGUGGGAUGUCUGUGACGUUCUGUGGGUGUAGAGGGAUUUUGCGGCAGUGUGUGCGCGCGCGCAGGGGGCGGAGGCUCAGGGAUGUUUGUAUCCUCAAACACAGAGGAAAUGUAGUUCCAGGUGCAAGGCAGACAGGGAGGACAGGGUCGGGCAAGGAGCAUGUGGUCUGCACCUCUAGCAGGUGCAAGUUGCAGUAAUCAAGUUUGAUUCAUUGAAUGCCAGACUGCAAGGGAUUGAGGACUUUUUUUUUUUUUUUUGCGUCUGGAAGUGCAGAACACACUCUUCCCACCAAUGUCCAAGCAGGGACCAAAGCCCCCUCUCUGCAAAAGGGGGCAAAAGAGAGCACGCAAACCCUGCACACAUUACACACACCAAUUCUAUACAGCUGGCUCACAUGACACGUAAUACACACAGUCAAUACAUUAAUUAUUCAUUAAACUGUCAUAUUUACUAUGGGGGUGAAAUAUUCAGGCUUAUGCACUAAGCUCUCAAUGUUCACAAAUUAAAUCUGAAUUGGGAAAAA